CAGCAUCUUCUACUCAUUCAAACCAUUUCGCUUCCCCACACUCACGACUUUACACAAAUGAGCUACACUAUCCGCCGCUCAACAACCCCUGAAGAUCUAGCGAAAUGUCAUGAGGUCCGUUUCAAAGUGUUUAUUGACGAACAAGGAUACGAUGCAGCCAUUGAAGUCGAUGAUAUUGACUCACAGUGUCUCCACUGGCUAGCAGUUGACCAAAGUGAUCAAGCAGUGGGCACUGCACGACUUUAUAAGUAUUCGCCUACUGUUGGGAAAGUAGGAAGAGUUGCUGUCCUGUCGAGCACUCGUGGAUCUGGUCUUGGUCGGUUACUUAUGGAGGAGAUUGAGAAGUAUGUAGUUGAAAACACAGAGUUUGAAAAAUUGGCCCUAUCAAGCCAGGUUCCCAGAAAAGGAUUCUACGAAAAAGUUGGAUUUGUUGCACAGGGUGAGGUUUAUCUGGAGGAGGGUCAACCUCAUGUCUUCAUGGAGAAGAAGCUGACCCACAAAGCAUAACUAAAAUAAAUAAAACCUAAAGCCGCAAGCAAACGGCCAGGACAUGACAAAAAAAGAAGACACGUGUAAUAAUAAACGCU